AUUGGCGAAGCGUUGUUUAAUAGCUUCAAGCUUGUGUUUAGAUUUUUUUCAGACAUUUAUAACAUUUAUUUUAAUUGCCAGUUGUAAAAUUGCAAAUUACGUAUAGUGUGUAAUAAUAUUAAUUUAAACCGUAAAAGCCCAUGUUAGCACUGUGUUGGAUCCAAAGAGUUCUGAGGUUAUUCAAGGCACUGCACAGAACGAGACAGAACGUGUUCAGAGAUGACACAAGAGCUUUGGGAGCUGCCAGGGAGAAGAUAAACGAAGAAUUCAAGAAAUACAGAAAUGAAACAUGUACAGAAACAAUAAAUAAGAUGAUUAAAAUUGGUUCGGAUGUUGAAGUUAUUCUUCGAAAAACAGUAAUCCAGGGAGUUCAUGUAGAAGACAAAAAAAUACAACUUCGGUACAGAGAAGAACAUCUUCUGGAAAAUCAACCUUAUUGUGAUAACCCUACCAAGAAGAAUGCAUGACUUGCAUGAUCCCCAACAAGAUCAUGCAAACCAAACCAGUAUCAAAGGUGCAAAAGCCUACUUCUGUUCUUCAGGUCACUUGAAGGCUGAACUUUAUUUUACUGUUGCCAUAGAAACUGCUCAGUGGUGAGCUCGCUUUCAAUGGUGAAUGUCACUUAUCUGUAAGUGCGUUUUGUGCACUAACUUUGGUUCUUUAUAUUUUGUAUUCACAAUUUAAACAAUUAAUUUAUUUAAUGUGUUGUAAUAUAGUUUUCAAAAUAAAGACAUGCCCUCCCCAA